AGAAGGCCGUCGCGUUCGGUUGUGCCCUGGUAUAAAUUCACUGUGCGAAGCACUUUUUUUUUGCUGCUACUAUUCGAAAGUAACGACGACGACGAGUGAAACGGAAUUCCGAGUCUCGCCUUUCAGUCGGGGCUAGAGUGUUGUGUUUUGUGUCGCAUUGCGAGUGGUUUUUUCUCCCUCAUCUUGGAAGAUCGUCGCCGCCCGGAGAAGAAAGGCGAGUGAAAUUGUGCAGCUCUUUUUUCCGUGAAUCGGUCGAAGAGAAAAGGUGAAAAUCGAUGGCGUUUCGCGAAAAAGUGUGCACAACAGCAUUACGCAAGGCAGUUUCCUUGUAACGACACCAAAAAAAAAACAACAUUUUGAACCGGUAAACAUAAGGGAAGAAGGUCCGAGUGAAGUGAAUGUGAAAUAAUUUUACUGGUUAGUGUUUUAUUAUUUUUUUUACUGGAAGAAGUGCAACCUAGCGUGACCCAGCCCCCUGUAGCAGCUCCGAGCGGGGAAAGGAACCAGAACAGACCAGCAAGCCGUGGCUCCAGCUGAGCUGGCUGGUGGUUACCAGGUGAUCAAGAAUAUCGCGCGCGCGUGAGACAGAGCAGAGAAAAAUAUUUAAGAAAAAAAGGGUUCGGCUCCUACCAAAGACUGUGCUGUGCCGUGUAGUAAGGAGCGCAAGCGCACAUUGAACGGGGCAAGGCCAACUCGAUUCUGUUGAAUUGACGGGGAAGCAAGUAAAAAAACACGAAUCUUACCCGAACAUUUUCAGCGAGAGCAAAAAAAAACGCAGCUCCACACUCGAGAAUGAGGAAUUGCUGCCAGUAGGCCACGGAUUAUAGUUUUUGUGUUUGUUUUUUUUUUGUGAGGUUAGCCCAGAACGUCGUCCGACCCUCAUUAUGACAUCGUCUAAUGACAUAGGCGGUGGUGGAGGUGGAGCAGGAGGAGGAAGAUCCGGUCAUCAUCAUCAUCAUCAUCACCGUCGGAAUAGUAGUAGCAAUGGCGGCAGCAAUAAUAUUGUCGGCCGAAGAAUAAGCAAUGUGAGUGUGAACAAUAACAACAGUGUGAACAAUCUGAAUAGUUACAGUAACAACAACAACAACAGUCAUCACAACAACAGUCCACGGAUGGAUCUGGACAAGGAGUGGGAUUUUAAGAAAAAUACGAAAUAUCCCGAAUCGGAUGAUUGCGAUUCGUUGCCACCGCCACCACCCCCGGAAGAUGAGCCGCCUUACUUCGACGAGUUGCCGCCCCCGCUGCACCAUCACCACAACCACUUGAGCCACCUGAACCAGCUGGAUCUGGUCGGAUCCAGUCCGACGGAUAAGUUGUCCCGCAAGCACCGGUCCAACUCGGAUAGCAGCCAGUCGAAGCAGCAGCAGUUGCGAGCCAACGGAUUACAACAGCACAAGGCUCACCAUCAUCAUCACCACCAUCAUCACCAUCGGAACUCCAAGAGUAGCCGGGCCGAUUCGGUUCUGUCGAGUGAUUCCGAUAUACGGUUCACCCGGCGGAAGCUGGGCGACAAUCAGAAGUGCGGCUGUGCGUUGAUUGCCGGGUUUUUGCUGAUACUGCUGUUUGCCGGUGUGGUCGUUUACGUGGGAUACACCUACCUGCGACCGGAACCUCUGCCGGAUCGGAUAUUCCGUGGGCGGCUGCGGGUUGUCGAGGGUGAUCACUGGACUCCGGAGUUGGCCGAUCAAAACUCAAGCCGGUUUCAGCAGCGGGCGCGAGACUACCGAGAACGAAUCAACCUAAUUAUGCGACGAUCUGACCUACGGGAACCGUACGAGGGUAGCGAGAUCCUCGCCCUGGAUGGCAACGAAGGCGAGGACGUGACGCUACACUUUGCAAUGUAUUUUGACCCGUAUGCGGAUCUGGUAUCCACCGCCGACCUUCACUCGAUUCUGAUGGAAGAGAUAACGUCCGAUCAUCCUCGCUACCUGCGCAACCUAACCAUCGAUCCGUCCAGUUUGAUCAUCAAGGAAGUGCUCGGACAGUUUGACGAUAUUCCAGGAACUUCCUCGUCUCCGCUGGGUGGUAAAGAUGAUGUUAUCAACGAGAUUAUCACCACGAUGCGACCACCUCGAAAGUGUGAACCACUGCGUCUCAGCUACUGCCGCUCGGUAGGUUACAACUUUACCACCUAUCCGAACAUCUUCGGCCACGGAUCGGUAGAGGAAGUCGAAGCCGACCUGAUAUCGUUCCGUGAGCUGGUGGAUGCCGAAUGCUUCCGACAGGCAUUCGACUUCAUCUGCCGAUUGUUGCAACCCCCGUGCGAAUAUCGCCGUAUUGAGGAACCGACUCCGGGAAAGAUAUGCCGCCAGUAUUGUCAGGCGUUCUGGAAUGGGUGCGGCGAUCGACUGCCGGAGCGGUUCAAGAAGUACAUGGAUUGCGAACGGUUUCCGGAGUCCACGGCAAUACAGUCUUGCCACAGUCGUCCUGGUUGUGCAACGGAGCUGCAAUCCAACGCUCUCUCGUCCCGGUUGUGCGAUGGAGUUGCUGACUGUCCGGAUUUGUCCGAUGAGAACACGUGCACCUUCUGCCCGUACGGUGCGAUCUACUGCGGCCGGGGUAGAGUUUGCUACGCCCGGAACGCUCGCUGCGAUGGCAAGAUGGACUGUCCGGACGGGAGUGAUGAGAAGGAUUGUCUCUCGAUUUCACCUCAGGUAACGUAUUUGACGUUCCCGGCACCGAUCGUGCCGUACCGGCCUCGCUUCUACUCGGAAGGGUACGCUGUCUUCUCGGAGAAGGGAAUCACCGGAAAGUUAUGCUCCGUUGGGAUGGAGACCAAUGAGUACGUGCGUAAUACCGUGGCUGAAUCGCUGUGCAAAGCGCUCGGCUACGAAAGGGUCGAAUAUUCGGAGGUGCGAAAUGAUACGGAACCCAACACCAGCUACGUGCGAGUGCUGGACCCGCGAGCUUCGGAGAUCAGCUUUGUACGAACGACCUGCCAGAGCAAGCAAUCGCUGUACGUGGGCUGCGGACAGCUGGAGUGCGGAGUUCAGUCGGCUCUGCCGAGUAAUCCAAAUGUGGGACUGUCCAAAAUGGCCGCUCCUGGGGAUUGGCCAUGGUUGGCAGCGCUGUUCCGUGCGGAUACGCACGUUUGCGAUGGGACUUUGGUGUCGUCUGAUUGGGUUUUGACGACGGAGUCAUGCUUCCAGGGCCAACCCAAAGCGACAUGGAUUGCCAUGUUUGGUGCAGUGCGAUUAUCUUCUAAUGCUCCCUGGACUCAACGACGACGAAUUAUUGGUAUGGUGAAAUCCCCGGUCGAGGGCAGCACGGCGGCAUUAGUGCGCCUAGAAAACCCUGUCGUUUACUCGGACUUCGUCCGUCCUAUCUGCCUACCGGACAUCCCGCUGAAGGAAACCAUCGAUCGGAGCGACCUGGUCACUCCAACUCCCCACGCCGCACGAUUCUCUAAGGCACGCCAGCGGAAACGCAUCAAGGAAUACCGCCAGUACUUCGAGACACCCGGUGAGGAGGACCCUUCCGAAGACUACGGCGAAGCCACGGAAGCAACUCGCUACUCAAUCAACGAAUUCGCAGCCGAAUUCGCAGACGAAGGCGAUCAAAUCCCGAAAGCCGAAGCCGUUGGUGCCGUCAGCGGUGCCCGGAACGCGUAUCCCCUGCCGGAAAAUUCCCCCCAAACCAACAACUACAUUUCCCCCCUGAACCACAUCGGAAGCAGCUUCCAGCCGCCCAAACCGAAGCAGUCCGUGUGGACAAAUUGCAACACGCUCGGCUGGAGCCGCCAGCGAGAUCAUCUGCAGCGAGUUCAGCUUAAAAUAAGCGACAUGAAACCCUGUGAGAACGUUUCGAUCGCCACCGUUAACAGCAUGUGCACGGAAGCGGCCUACCACAAGCAGGACUGCAGCGAAGAAGAGUUCGCCGGUAGUCCCGUCGUUUGUUUACUCUCGACCGAACGGAAAUGGGCCCUGGUAGGGGUUGCCUCCUGGCGGAUAGCGUGUGCUCCCAACGGAGUUGCCCGGCCCCGAAUGUACGAUAAAAUUACAUCCAAUAGCCAAUGGAUCCGAGAAAUUAUUGCCGCCUCGGUGUAGCCUCCGGCAGGGUCUGCGUGAUCAAAUUAUGUGCAAAUAUUUAGCUUAUAAACGUGUGUAUGUUUGCGCGUGUAUGUGUGUGCGUUCGGGUCAACACAGCAGGACCAAGGCGGUGUGAAGUCUCGAAGUCCCAACUUUCCCGGAAGAAAAAGAAGAGAAGGUAAUUUUUUCAUUACUUCAUUGGCCAUUCGUUCUUCCGCCCCGGAAGUGACAUCGAUCGUGACUUUCACUGCGCAGCCGUCGGCUGAAAUGUAUAGUAAAAAAGAAAAACCUUCGAGUUGAGUUUAAAAAGUGCACGGCUUUAGGAACCUCGACAUCUCGUGGGAAUGAUUUAUUUUUUUUAUGAGUUACGUUAACCGGUGUAUUAUAGUUGGAGCAAAAUUUAAACCCAAGCUGUUUUAAAGUUAUUUUUAAAUGUUAAUUGUUACGUUACGUUACUCAAUGAUUCGUAAAACCUAGACUGCUUCUUAAGAAAUGCGAAACCCAAAACGGAAACCCAAAUUUAGGCAAUAAAGCAAACA